AUAAAAAGCCGUGUUCAUCCAGCAGUUGUCAUCAGUUUCGUUUGCCCGCAAAUCCAAACAGCCAAAUCCACCAAGAUGUUCAAGUUCUUCGCCGUCGCCCUCUUCGCCCUGAUUGCCUGCGUGGCCGCCAAGCCCGGAAUCGUGGCUCCUUUGGCCUACUCCGCUCCUCUGGUGGCAGCUGCUCCGGCUGCUGCGGUUUACAGCCGGGAAUACCACGGAAACUUCGCGGCUCCCUACGUGGCAUCUCCCUAUGUGGCUUCCCCCUACGUGGCUUCUCCCUACGUGGCGUCUCCCUAUGUGGCGUCUCCGUAUGUGGCAUCUCCCUACGUUGCUGCCCCCUACACCGCUCCUCUGCUGCUGAAGAAGUAGGAUGGAUGAUCCAGGCUUUAACGAAAUCUAUAGGACAACUCAAACCGAAAUAAAAAAAAUAAUAAAAGUAUUAUAAAAAUCGAAA